AUGCAGUUGGUUGAAGAUCCAGGCUUAGUGUUGGAGUACGUUGAUUCCAGUGAGUUUUACAAGGAGGCCAAAAGCACUGAUCCUCAAGAGAUUACAUUCUACUUAGUGGAACUCUUGAGUGCUCUCGACUCUUACCAUAGUCAUGUCAUCAUUCACCGAGAUAUCAAGAAUAGGAACAUUAUUAUUGAUAAAUACGACUUUUCUCUCAAUCUCUGGUCCCUCGGUUGCGUGUCUGCCAUGCUUGUCUUCAAGCAGAGCUUAUUUGCUGCAGACAGUGAGGGUCGAUCUCAGUUGGUGCAUUUCGUGGAGAAGUACCACCCUCCCUUAACUCACUCCUUCCAUGAUGUGGACACAGCCGAGGAGGGUGUUUCAUUGUCGAAGUUUGAAACCAAGGAGAAUUUAGCACUCACAAGCCCUCACUCUCUGAAUUUACUCCGACAUUUCCUUCAAUUAAUCUAUGUCAUUGAUGAAGGCGUUUGA